AUGUUCCUGACGCUGAGGACAAGGUUCCUCAAGCUGAGGACAAGGUACCUGACACUGCGGACAAGGUACCUCACACUGAAGACAAGGAUCCUCGCGCAGAGGACAAGGUUCUUAAAGCAGAGUACCUCACACUGAAGACAAGGAUCCUCGCGCAGAGGACAAGGUUCUUAAAGCAGAGGACAAGGUUCCUCACGCUGAGGACAAGGUUCCUCAAGCUGACGACAAGAUUUCUCACGCUGAGGACAACGUACCUCACACUGAGGACAAGGUACCUCACGCUGAGGACAAAGUAACUCACACUGAAGACAAGGUUCCUCAAGCUGAUGAUAAGGUACCUCACACUGAGGACAAGGUUCCUCACGCAGAGGACAAGGUUCCUCAACGCUGAGGACAAGGUACCUCACACUGAGGACAAGGUUCCUACGCGAGGACAAGGUCUACCUGAGGACAAGGUCUCUCACGAGGACAAGGUUCCUCACAGUGAAGACAAGGAUCCUCACGCUGAGGACAAGGUUCUCAAGCUGAGGACAAGGUUUCUCACGCUAAAAACAAGGUAGCUCACGCUGAGCAAAAUACACUGAGGACAAGGUUCCUCACAGUGAAGACAAGGAUCCUCACGCUGAGGACAAGGUUCUUAAAGCAGAGGACAAGGUUCCUCACGCAGAGGACAAGGUUUCUCAAGCUGAGGACAAGGUUUCUCACGCUAAAAACAAGGUAGCUCACGCCUGACACUGAGGACAAGGUACCUCACAGAGAGGACAAGGAUCCUCACGCUGAGAACAAGGUUUCUCACGCUGAAAACAAGGUACCUCACGCUGAGGGCAAUAUUCCUCACGCUGAGGACAAGGUUCCCCAAGUUGAGGACAAGGUAGAUCACACUGAGCACAAGGUACCGCGCACGGAGUACAAGGUUCCUCACGCUAAGGACAAGAUACCUCACACUGAGGACAAUGUACUUCCCACUGAAGACAAGGUUCUUCACGCCCAGGACAAGGUCUUCACGCUGACGACAAGGUUCCUCAAGCCGAGGACAAGGUUCCUAACGAUACAAGGUUCCUCACGCUAAGGACAAGAUACCUCACACUGAGGACAAUGUACUUCCCACUGAAGACAAGGUUCUUCACGCCCAGGACAAGGUCUUCACGCUGACGACAAGGUUCCUCAAGCCGAGGACAAGGUUCCUAACGAUGAGGACAAGGUAUCUCACCGUGAGGACAGGCUACCUCACACUGAGGAUAAUGUUCCUGACACUGAGGAGAAGGUUCCUCAAGCUGAGGACAAGGUACCUGACACUGAGGACAAGUUACCUCACAGUGAGGACAAGGAUCCUCACGCUGAAGACAAGGUUCUUCAAGCAGAGGACAAGGUUCCUCACGUUGAGGACAAGGUUCGUCAAGCUGAGGACAAGGUUUCUCACGCUGAGGACAAGGUACCUCACACUGAGGACAAGGUACCUCACGCAGAGGACAAAGUACCUCACACUGAGGAAAAGGUUCCUCAAGCUGAGGACAAGGUACCCGACACUGAGGACAAGGUACCUGACACUGAGGAGAAAGAUCCUCACGCUGAGGAUAAGGUUCUCCAAGCUGAGGACUAGGUUCCUCACGCUGAGGACAUGGUUCCCCACGCAGAGGACAACGUUCCUCACGUUGAGGACAAGGUACAAAGUACGUCACACUGAGGACUAGGUUCCUCACGCUGAGUUCAAGGUACGUCUCACUGAGGACAAGGUUCCUCAAGCUGAGGAAAGUUACCUCUCACUGAGGACAAGGUACUUCACACUGAGGACAAGGUCCUCACGCUGAGGACAAGGUACGUCUCACUGAGGACAAGGUUCCCCACGCUGAAGACAAGGUACCUCACUCUGAGGACAAGGUUCCUCACAAUGAGGACAAAGUUCCUCACGCUGAGGACAAGGUUCCUCAUGCUGAGGACAAGGUUCCUCAAACUGAGGACAAAGUACCUCACACUGAGGACAAGGUACUUCAGACUGAGGACAAGGUUCGUCAUUCUGAGGAAGAGGUUCCUCACUCUGAGGACAAGGUUCCUCACGGUGAGGACAAGGUUCCUCACGCAGAGGACAAGAUUCCUCACGCUGAGGACAAGGUACCUCACACUGAGGACAAGGUACGUCACACUGAGGACUAGAUUCCUCACGCUGAGGACAAGGUACCACACACUCAUGACAAGGUUCCUCCCGCUGAGGACUAAGUUGCUCUCGCUGAGGACAAAGUACCUCACGCUGAGGUCCUCACGCUGAGGACAAAUCCUCACGCUGAGGAAAGUUCUCACGCUGAGGAAGGGAGGUUCGUCAUGGUGAGGACAAGGUUCCUCACGCAGAGGACAAGGUGCCUCACGUUGAGGACAAGGUACCUCACACUAAGGACAAGGUCCUUCAAGCUGAGGACACGGUUCCUCACUCUGAGGACAGGCUACCUCUCACUGUGGACAAGGUUCCUCACGCUGAGGACAAGAUUCCUCACGGUGAGGACAAGGUAGGUCACCAUGAGCACAAAGUUUCUUACGCUGAGUACAAGGUUUCUCAAGCUGAGAACAAAGUACCUCACGCUGACGACAAGGUACCUCAUACUGAGAACAAUGUUCCUCACGCUGAGGACAAGGUUCCUCACGGUGAGGACAUGGUUUCUCACGCUGUCGACAAGGUUCCUCACGCUGAGGACAAGGAUCCUCACGCUGAGGACAUGUUACGUCACCCUGAGAACAAGGUUCCUCACGCUGGCGACAAGGUUCCUCAGGCCGAGGACAAGGUUCGUGACGCUGAGGACAAGGUUCGUCACGGUGAGGACAAGGUUCCUCACGCAGAGGACAAGGUGCCUCACGCUGAGGACAAGGUACCUCACACUAAGGACAAGGUCCUUCAAGCUGAGGUCAAGGUUCCUCACGCUGAGGACAAAGUUCCUCCACGGUGAGGACAAGGUACCUCACACUGACGACGAGGUUCCUCACACUGAGGACAAGAUUCCUCACGCUGAAGACGGGGUUCGUCACGCUGAGGACAAGGUUUCUCAGGCUGAGGACAUGGUACCUCACGCUUAG